UCUGUAAUAUGAACAAAAUCAGUGCAUUCAAGUACUUUUAGAGGCAGAUCAGAAAUUAUCCUAUUAUCAGGAAAGGAUUUUUUUAGGCAUGCCAAAGGAGUGAUAUAUUGCAGCACACGGGUAGGCAUUCUAUUAAUAAGGUAACAAGCAGUUAGAAUGGCAUCCCCCCACAAAUAUUUUGGAAUAUGCAUAGAAAACAUUAUAGCCCGUGCAACCUCAAGUAAAUGGCGAUUUUUUCUUUCAGCGAUGCCAUUUUGUUAUGAGGUGUCACGACACAUGGAUUGAUGUUGAAUCUCUCUUUCUUUGAAAAUUUUUUCCAAAACUUAGUUGAAAUAUCCUGUACCAUUAUCCGUACGAAGUAUGCUUAUUUUUGUAUGAAAUUGAUUUUCGAUCAUGCUAUAAAAAUUCUUGAAUAAUAUACUUCAGAUUUUCUAUUCAUCAAAUAAACCCAACAAAUCUGAGUAUGAUCAUCUAUAAAAGUCACAAACCAUUUUUUCCAAAUAAGGUAGUAACCUUAGAGGGACCCCGAACAUCACUAUGAAUCAAAUAAAAAGGUUUGAGAAAACCUGGAGGCUGGUUCGGGUGGUCUUCUUCAAUAAACAGCCCUCCAAUAGCAGGGCUCCACGUAAGCCUUUCAUUUUACAUGGUCUGCAUUUAGCAACACCCGAUCACAACGUCUCAUACAACCCUCCCGUGCCACUUACUUCAUCUUCCACUCCACCCCAACCCACACUCAUCCCACGGCACGGAUGGAGCUCGACCCCCCCAGGAGCUCAGAAAUUUCAGUCUGAAAUUCAAAAUAAAGAUUCUGAGGUUCUUCAGUUGCAGCAGCAGAUUGAUGAGGCAAACCAGAGGCGGGCGAAACUGGAGAAGAAUCUUAAGCUCAGGGGCUUGUCAACAAAAGAAUCAGAAGGUUCCUCAAAUGAAAAUGGAUUUUUGCCUGCAGAUUUAUCCCAUGAUCUGUUUACACCUGCAGUAGAAGCUACUUUCAAAGCCAUUCAUGAUUUUUCUAAGCUGUUGAUCAACAUGAUGAAAGCAACUUGGUGGGAUCUUGAUGCUGCUGCAAACUCAAUUGAAUGUCAUUGAAAAAAGAGCUCAUAAAAAAUAUGCAUUUGAAUCCCAUAUAUGCCAAAGGAUGUUCAGUGGGUUUCAGCAAGCAAGCUUCUCUGUCAAAUCGGAUGAUCUCACGGUCACUAAAGACAGCUUCUUCCACCAAUUUCUUUCUCUAAGGUAGAUGGAUCCAUUGGACAUGCUAGGUCAAAAUCCAGAUUCCAUUUUUGGGAAAUUUUGUAGGAGCAAAUACCUAGUGGUAGUUCACCCAAAGAAGAAGAAACGAGAAAUCCUUUUUUUUUUUGAAAGAUUCGAAUCAACAAAGACUACAUUUUUCAAU